UUAAAAAACCAUUCGAGGGCUACAACAGCUCUAGUCAUUCCCCACAGGAGAAUUCCAAAGGAAUCAUAAUGAAGUUCCAGGUUUGCCUCUUAGUGAUAGCUUGUACAGUUUUCAGUGCUCAAUCCAGUUCAAUCCUAAUGUACAUGCCGGCUGGAUCCAAGAGCCAUUGGAACGCUUGGAGGCCUCUGGCCGUGGCCUUGGCCAAGCGUGGCCACUCACUCACCGUGUUCACUCCCAACAAGGAUCCCGUGUUUGAUGGGAUGAAAAACGUGGAUCUGCAUGUCACCGGGCUGGCAUUGGAUUCUAUCAUGAGCUCAAAGGAAAUCUUCGAGGGGAAACUUUAUUUUGACAUUCAAAAGCUCAUGUCGUUUCUGCUUGAGACCCAAAACACGACCUUUCAUCAUCCAGGUUUCCAAAAGAUUUACAACGAGAAGCCAAAGUUUGAUUUGGCCAUUGUCCACGUUUUCAAUCUGGACUUUGGUUUCUAUUUCGCCAAAGAAGUGCUCAACACGCCUAGCAUGAUCCUCUUUCCGGGGUCUAGAUUCCCUUGGGCGGAUUUCUUUAUGGGAAAUCCAUUGGAUCCUUCCUAUAUUCCAUUUGAAUCCUUACCAUAUUCGCAAGAGAUGUCCUUCUUCCAACGAGUGAUCAAUUUCGCGGCCACUCAUGCCUUUGCCAGAACUUCGUGGUACCUUUUUCCAAAAUUGGAAAACCACGCUCAACAGCUAACCAAUGGCGAGUAUCAGGUGGACCUGAACAAGGCCGCAAUGGACAUGGAUUUCUGCCUGGCCAAUGGACACCCAAUAUUUGAUGGAGUUCGACCAAUCAAUCCGAAUAUGGAGUUUGUGGGUGGACUUCAUCUCAAUGAUCCCAAACCCUUACCCAAAGACAUCAAAGAAUGGAUUGAUGGAGCUAAAGAUGGAGUCAUUUACGCGGCAUUUGGAUCGAUCCUAUCUGGGAGCCAAAUGCCCGAAAGGAUUCGACAAAUGUUCAUCAACGUGUUUUCCUCCUUGAAACAACGCGUGAUUUUCAAAUGGGAAACGGAAGAGAUGGAAGGAAAACCCGAAAAUGUACUCUUGAAGAAGUGGUGUCCACAACAAGAUAUCUUGGCCCAUCCCAAUGUGAAACUUUUCAUCACCCAUGGAGGAUUACUUGGCACUGAAGAGUCAUUAAGAAGUCAUGUUCCAAUGCUUUGCAUCCCGGGAUUCGCCGAUCAACCAGGAAAUGCCAACAUUGCUGAGAGGCUGGGCUAUGGUUUGAAACUGGAUUGGGCCACCCUGACCGAGGAAGACUUACGACAAUCGAUAACGGCUCUGUUGACUGAUCCAAAGUUCAAAGACAAUGCUCGACAUUAUGGACAACUCUUCACUGACAAUAUAGUACCACCAAUUGAGAAAGCGGUUUAUCACGUGGAGCAUUUGAUUCGCCAUAAAGGUGCCCAACAUUUAAAACCAGCACAUCUUCAUCUCAAUUGGUUGCAAUAUCAUUCAGUGGAUGUGGUGGCCUUUCUUACUAUGCUCCCAAUUGUUAUUUUCACGAUCUUUUUCAAGCUCACUGUUGCAUGCUGUUCCUUUAAAAGUCAGAAGGUAAAGCAACUUCUAUUAAUCAUGAUGAAGAAUCAACUAAUCACAUUGGUGUUUUUGGGUGUCAUCCUUGGCACUCAUGCAGGUUCCAUCUUCAUGUACAUGUCAAUUGGGUCUAAGAGUCAUUGGAACGUCUGGCGACCUUUGGCCCUGGCCUUGGCCAAGAGGGGUCAUACGCUAACCAUAUUUGCUCCCAAUAAGGACCCAAAGUUUGAUGGCAUGCCGAAUGUGGAACUUCAUACCACAGGACUUUCAAUGGAUUCAAUUCUCAAUUCGGAGGCGAUCUUCGAAGGAAAAGCUUCUCUGAACUUCAACGAUUUUUUACAAUUCCAAUUGGAAUCUCAAAACACGACGUUUCAUCAUCCAGGUUUCCAAAAGAUUUACAACGAGAAGCCAAAAUUCGACUUGGCCAUUGUUCAUGUGUUCAAUAUUGACUUUGGUUUCUAUUUCGCCAAAGAAGUGCUCAACACGCCUAGUAUGAUCCUCUUCCCUGGAUCCCGAUUCAAAUGGGCGGAAUAUUUCAUGGGAAAUCCACUGGAUCCUUCCUAUAUUCCCAUAGAGUUUUCAACUUAUUCGCAAGACAUGACCUUCUUCCAAAGAGUCAUGAACUUUGUGGGCACGCAGGCCUUUGCCAGAUCCAGUUGGUAUGUUUUUCCAAAGCUUGAAAAACAGGCCCAGGAGCUGACCAAUGGUAAAUAUCAAGUGGACAUAAGUAAAGCUGCCAUGGAUAUGGAUUAUUGCUUGACCAAUGGUCAUCCAAUUUUCGAUGGAGUUCGACCAACCAAUCCGAAUAUGGAGGUUGUGGGAGGGCUUCAUCUCAAUGAUCCCAAACCCUUACCCAAAGACAUCAAGGAGUGGAUUGAUGGAGCCAAAGACGGAGUCAUUUAUGUGUCCUUUGGAUCGGUCUUGUCAGGCAGCAAAAUGCCAGAGCGGAUUCGACAAAUGUUCAUCAACGUGUUUUCCUCCUUGAAACAACGCGUGAUUUUCAAAUGGGAAACGGAAGAGAUGGAAGGAAAACCCGAAAAUGUGCUCUUGAAGAACUGGUGUCCGCAACAAGAUAUCUUGGCCCAUCCCAAUGUGAAACUCUUCAUCACCCAUGGAGGAUUACUUGGCACUGAAGAGUCAUUAAGAAGUCAUGUUCCAAUGCUUUACAUCCCGGGAUUCGCCGAUCAACCAGGAAAUGCCAACGUUGCUGAGAGGCUGGGCUAUGGUUUGAAACUGGAUUGGGCCACCCUGACCGAGGAAGACUUACGACAAUCGAUAACGGCUCUGUUGACUGAUCCAAAGUUCAAAGACAAUGCUCGACAUUAUGGACAACUCUUCACUGACAAUAUAGUACCACCAAUUGAGAAAGCGGUUUAUCACGUGGAGCAUUUGAUUCGCCAUAAAGGUGCCCAACAUUUAAAACCAGCACAUCUUCAUCUCAAUUGGUUGCAAUAUCAUUCAGUGGAUGUGGUGGCCUUCCUUAUUAUGGUCCCAAUUGUUAUUUUCACGAUCUUUUUCAAGCUCAUUGUUGCAUGUUGUUGCUCAAAAAGGCAAAAAAUCAAGCUUUCGUAAUAAAUUGGAUAUAUGUAACGUUAGAUUGUUGGGAAAAAUAAAUCUUCAACGUUGUUCUUUUAA